AUGCCGAGGAUAUGGUUGUCGUGGUCACUGAAAGUCUCAAAACGAGAUUCUCCACCUAUCCACCCUGUAAGCAUUCUUUCAUCACAGCAACAAUAUCCAUCGUCUUCAACAACACCAUCGUUUGCAAAUAUUUUACAACAAAAUACUGAGACUUCAGGAAACGAUGAACUGAAGUCUGACUUGAAUGAAUCAUCAACGAAAACUGAAACGUUAAUCUGCCGACGUUCAGCUCGUUUACAAUGUUUAAACGUUAUGGAACAACAAACACCAACAACCAGACCAGACGUACUGGGAUUUGAAUCAUUACAAAAUCUUGCAUCGGUUUGUUCAGUAGUUGCGGCUGAACGUGAACGAGAACAACAAGAGCAAGAACAACAACAACAACAAUUACCACUUAGUCCCAUAAAUGCAAAUAUUGAAAAUAAUUCGUCGACUCAAUUUAGUCCAAUAAAUAAAGUUGUUAUUAGUGAAACAAAAUUACCUCCAGUUAUUCAACCCAUACCACAGACAGCAUGUCAAGUAAACAAAACACCAAAAAUUAAUCUAAUAACUACAGGAACAACAAAUUUGAUUAAUGAUUCUCGUCUUACUGAUGGUGAAUUGUACAGUUCAUUACAAACUAAAGGAAGAGCAUUUCGCUUACAUCAUUCAUCAUCUAACAGUAGGGUCAUUCAUAGUCAUCCAUCAUCACCGUCAUUUAGUCAAUAUGUUCCAUCAUAUGAAACCCAAGCAUCAUCAAAUCAACAAUUUUCUUUUGUUGAACCUGCUGUACCACCUCGUAAAUUUCAGAAUAGUGAUUUCAGUUCAC